CCGGGGCCCGCCACGAUGCCCCGGCGGAAGCAGAGCCACCCGCAGCCGGUGAAGGGUGAGUGCGCGGCGGGCCCGGGGGGCGGCGGCGGCCCGGCGGGGACCCGCGGCGCUCGGGGCGCUGCAGCGGACGCCGAGGACGGCACCGAGGAGACGGCGGGAGCGGCGCUGGUGCUGUCCGGGGACCUGCUGCUGGGCCGUGGCCAGAAGGGACCGCCAGCAGACACGCUGGUGGGGAAGAUCGCCAUCCCAGCAUACGCCCUGAGUGACGACGACUGCUCCUCCGGGUACCAGCAGCUGAGUGUGGAGAGCGACCCUGAGGAGGGGGGCGAGCCCGGCCCCGCCGCGCUGCCCUGCCGCCAGUGCGGGCUGCAGCUGGCUGCCAGCCUGGGCCAGAGCUGCCUGCAGUGCGCCGGCGCCGAGGGCGGCCGCAGCCAGCGCAUCGUCUACUCCUGCCAGCUCUGCCCCUUCGCCUCCCACUACUCCAGCCACCUCAAGCGCCACAUGAAGACACACAACGGGGAGAAGCCCUUCGCCUGCCCGCAGUGUGCCUACGCCUCUGCCCAGCUGGUGAACCUGACGCGGCACCUGCGCACGCACACCGGGGAGAAGCCGUACCGCUGUACGGGCUGCAGCUUCGCCUGCAGCAGCCUGGGCAACCUCAAACGCCACGAGCGGGUCCACAGCCAGGACAAGCCCUUCCAGUGCGCUGCCUGUGACUACCGCUGCAACCAGAGCCGCAACCUGAAGCGGCACAUGCUUAGCCACCGCCUGCCCGAGGGCGAGGGUCCGCAUCGGCGGGACAAGGACCCAGAGCCGCUGCUGCCGGAGCUGAGCCUGCACGUGGGCAGCGGCAGCGGCCCCUUCCUGCCUGGCUGUGCGCGGCUGCGGGGCGAGGAGGCAGCUGCGCUGCCCGAGCUGCUCUUCCCUUUCACGUGCCGCAUGUGCGGGCUGGUGCUGGACGACGGCUUCGCGCAGGAUGAGGGCCUGGCUGAGCAGGUCUGCGGGCGCUGCAGCCUGGCAGUGCUGGGCACCGAGCCGGGCGCCAGCCCCCGCAAGGGUGCCGGGGACAAGGGCUUUGCCUGCAGCCUCUGCCCCUUUGUCACCCAUUACCCCAACCACUUGGCGCGGCACAUGAAGACGCACAGCGGGGAGAAGCCCUUCGCCUGCCCGCUCUGCCCCUACGCCUCCGCCCACCUGGACAACCUGAAGCGGCACCAGCGUGUGCACACGGGCGAGAAGCCCUACAAGUGCCAGCUCUGCGACUACGCCUGUGGCAACCUGGCCAACCUCAAGCGUCAUGGGCGCAUCCACUCAGGCGACAAGCCCUUCCAGUGCAGCCUCUGCAGCUACAGCUGCAACCAGAGCAUGAACCUGAAGCGGCACAUGCUGCGGCACACGGGCGAGAAGCCCUUCCAGUGCCGAAACUGCUCCUACACCACUGGCCACUGGGACAAUUACAAGCGCCACCAGAAGAUCCACGGCCACACGGCCGAGAGCUGGGUGAACCCACGCAAUGCCAAAGCCCUCCUGGCUCCCCCAGCUGUGGGCACGGCCCUGCCUUGAGACAGCACUUAGCCCAGUGGUAGGCCCGGGCUGCCUCUUCCCCUGCCCUCCCUGGGGGAGGGAGGACGGGCAGGAGACUGCAGGGGCGCAGGGCUGCCUUACGCCAGGGCCUCCAGCAGCUCUGUCCUGCCUGAGGAGGGUGAAGAGGACAGUGAAGCCACAACCGGCAGCUCAGGCGCCUGCCCCCACGGCAGCACUGCCAUGCCCCCACCCACCCCACCUGCCUGUUCCUGCCUGCCGGAGCCUUCCUCUGCUGGGGUCUGGGGAAAGGGGGGGAGGGGAGGACAGGACUGGUUCCAUGGCUGUUGCCAUGCUGGUCGGUGUAAUUUAUAUUGUGUAUAAAAGCAUUAAACAGUCACUUUUGUUA